GACUUGUGUAUUCACCACUUGUUGAAUGGACUCGACGGUGUGCAGCUACAGCGACCUCAGCGACCAGCAGCGCGUGCUUGUGGCCGACGGCUCGUGCGGCACGGCGGCGACCUGCCUUCUCGACCGCAACUGCGCGAUCACCAUCGUCAUGCCAGUCAACGCCACGCGCUUUGAUCUAGAGAGCCACUGGCUCAUAGGCGACCUCUCGCGAUACCCGCACGACACACUAGAGCUCGCGCAGCUGCAGAGCCUCACGGGUCUCCACACGUUUUUCCAGUUGCCAGUAACUCUGCGCGCUCUCUCGCUUGUCAACUCGACCUUUCAAGACCCGGCGCCCAGCGAGUAUUUUGCAGCCGACUCUCUCCAAGUCCUUCAGCUGCCGCGUGCGAUCGAGAGCGUGACGCUGCACACAUGCAUUUUGCAGGGAAACGUGCGAUUCCCGGGACUCCGCAACCUCCAGCGACUAGAGGUCCGGCGCGCUCGCUUUGACGACAUUUGGCUGCGCGAUGUCCGCGACACGUUACGGCACCUCGUACUCGACAAUAUUGCGCUGACGGGCUGGACCAAGCAGUCGCUGAGUCUGCCACUGCAUCGACUUCAGACCCUAGAGCUUGCUGGCGUGCGCACGUCGAUCUCUCAACUCGACGUGUCGUCCGAGCUGCGCUACUUUGCCUGCGACGACUGCGACAUCUCCAGUCUUAUUGUCGACAAUACAACGUACGCGGCCCUCGCGGCGCUCGCGCCAGCUUCGCCCAACGCAACGAAAGGCUAUCGCGUCAGUGGGAUUCACCAAGAUGCCUCUGCGUGUGCUAUUGAGCACGGCCACGUCCAGAUAUUGUGGCGCACCAGCUCGGUCUGCAUCCCCGAUCGCAGCAAUACGGUGGAUGUCUACGGCGGAAGCUAUUCGUUCCGGCGCUACCCACAGUACUACGUUGGCGGCGGCGUGAUUCUCUUUUGUGUCCUCUUCUUCGCCAUCUGUAUCAUCCGCCGCGGACGCCGUGCGGUCAAGAGCCGUCGGUCGGCCGACGACGACUACCUCGCGUUGACACUUGGCUCGAGCGAGCUUGACACGCUACAAAUGCUCCAGAUCGACGCCGACGCCAUCGUUCUCUGCGGCACCAAACCACUCGCCUCUGGUGCGUACGGCGACGUCUGGCGCGGUAUCUACGCCCACACAACUGUCGCUCUCAAGCGCGUCAAGACACGCCAUGUAUCAGUUGGGUAA